AUGAGCGAUAGCUCAACCAGUGGCUCCCCAAGUAGGUCAACAAGAAUCCAGUUGGCUUCAAAAUCAAAUAUGCAAACACAAUUAAAAAAUCAAAGAAACAAUCCCAUUAAAAAAGUGGACAAAUCAGCGGCAUCUUUUAUUUCAAAAGAACCAACAAACAUAAAAAGUAACAUUAAAAACAACAGUGAUAUCAAAGAUAUGGAAGUUACGGUCACGAUAGAGCAACCUGAAACUGAAGUAACAAAUAAAAAGAAAAAGGCAAAAAACAUGGACAAUACGGCAAUAGAUUCUGAAGUAAUAGAAGAAGAUAAAGAAUCAGUAUUAUCAUAUGAGAUUGAUAAUAGCGAAAAAAUUGAAUUUGUAAAAAAAGCCAUUAGAGCAAAAACUGAAUUAACCCUAAUCAGAGUAGAGGACAAUAGAAAAGAUAAAAUGAUCUCUGUAUUGUUUGACAACAAAGAAAAUAUGCAAGCCGCACUAGAAAUAAAUGACUCACUCCGUGUUAUACCUACUAAUUGUAGUUAUGAUAAUCUCAUGACACGUGGUAAAUUUGCUGCAAGGAUGAUCAAUUUACCAUCUGGUAUCACAGCAAAAGAGAUUAUUCCUAAUAUCAAAACGAUUGGUGCACUUACUUGCUAUAUCCCUAGGUCUCACAAUUAUAGAUGUAGAAGUGAGGCAAUUAUUUCUUUUGUAAAUGAAGAGGCACUAGAAGUGGCAAUUGGUAAAGAGUGGAAGGCAG